GACAGACAACAAACAAGCGCACAAGAAGGCGAGUUUUGGGAAACAAGACUUGUGCAGAUAAGCAGCCAAAUGUUUGAGCUCUUCAGAAAAAGCAGGCCUUACAAAAUCAGAAGCCUCCACGAUAACAGGAAGUAUGGAGUUGCAGCGAGAAACGUUAAGGAACUGCUUAAAAAGGGUUGCAACAUAUUAGAGUUGCCACUUUCUGGUGCAAAUCUUUGUUUGUACGAAGACGGCACAACGGUGACAAAAGAGUUUUUCGGAACUUUGCCUGACAAUACAGAACUUGUUGUCCUCUGCAAAGAUCAGACAUGGGGCGGAGCGGUGUGUGACAUUGCCCAGUUACUAAGCUCGGACCAGCACACCAAGGCCCUCGUCCGAGCGGCGAAAGGCCUCCUGACGGGAGAGAAAUCUCCCAAGAGGCAGAAAAUCCUGAGCGACCUUCUACGGACCCUCGAGGACAGAUCAGAGCUGGAGAGCAGAGAUGAGGAUGAAGACUGGUUCAGGGGCGUGGAAUCUCGCUUCAAGACCAAGUCUGCCUACUUGAAGUAUAACUGUGAAAGCAGGAUUAGAAGCUACAUGAAAGAGUUGGAUGAAGCCACCAAAUCAGUGCAGAAAGCUAAAGUCCAAAAAGAGUGUUUGCAAGCGGCGGAGAGCAUCUCGCAGAUGCUCAAGUUGGACAAAUACAAUGGCUGCUACUUUGACCGCACUCAAAAGGAGACGCAGCGACUGUGUACCCGAGAGGGCUGGUUCACCUGCAUGGGCCCUUUUGACCAGGCCAAAUGUGUGUCACUCCACUCCAUCAACCCGUACAGCAGCAGGGAGAGCCGCAUCCUGUUCAGCACUUGGAAUCUGGACCACAGGAUUGAAAAGAAGCGUACCAUCAUUCCAGAUCUCCUGGAAGCGCUGCAGAAUCAUACAAGUGAUGACAUCAAUUUGACCUACUUCUAUAGACUGCUUUUUACGCGGGACAACCUGAAGCUGGUCCACAUCGUGUGCCACAAGAAGGAAGCCCACAAUGUGCCAUGUGACCCAAACAAAAUUUUUAAAAGAAAGCGCCAGCGGAAAAAGAUACGCUUAAAAUGAAUUCAUAACAUUUUUGAUUGCCAACAAAAUGACCUCACUGUUUUAAUCGCUUUGAUCACCUACUACGCUUUUUCUCAAGGAAUGACAAGACAUCACUUUGCAGCCGCCUAAACUGAAGCAGGAAAACAUGAAACAGGGCAAUUUGUCGUUAGUCUUGGCACAGUAAUGUUUACUGGAUUAAAUGUUUACAAUGACUGCUGAGUUUGACAAUCACUCAGUCUGAACGUUGCAUAGUACAAUAUGAAAAACAUUCACCAUGAAUAAGGCAUGGAGUAAAAAAAGUAUAAAUAUACAAAACAUGUAGAUGUCCUGAUCAAUCUGCUCGAGACACUGUCUUCAACAGCUAUGAAGCUCAGAGAUGACUUGAUCACAAGUUAACUUUUUUGAGUGACUUUUUGGAGGGUUAACAAUGUGUCAUGAGAUAUACAUGAAGAAAUAUCAUUUGAUAUACAAAGAUGUACAGUUAAAGCUGCCUAAAUAUAAU